AUGUACUCCUUCAGCUUCCCCAAGACCAGCCCCAGGCAGCCCCGCGGCGUCAAGAGCCUCACCACCGCCGAGUCCUUCCCUGCCAGCUCCACCAAUGUGAGGUCCACCGGGUUCACCACCUUUGUUGACGGCGCCCCACCCAAGAACACCUUCCGCUCGCGCAACAGCUUUGUCAUUGCCAGGGGCGCCCUCUCGUGCAUGAUGCGGGAGAAGAAGUCCAACUUCACGCUGGUUUCCAAAAGCGCAGCAAGUGUAUGUACCGAGGCCAUGUCUAGUUGUUCCGCUACUAACCUCCUCUAGCUCUGGGCUGCGGCCGGCCGCCCGUUCAAGCUGUACUUUGAGUAUCUCUCCCUCCUCGAGUCGAUCUGGCACGACCGCAAGCAGUCGAUGUUCGCCCCUGCUCCUACAGCAAACUUGAGCUACACUGAGUUGUUCCAGCCGAGUAAGCGCGCGGCCACAGGGGGAGGCACCAGGCUCAAGUUCAGACUCAACCCUGCUAAAAAGGUGCAAAAGAAACGUGCAGCGCCACUGUUUCAGGUUAAGGGUGCGCUUAAUUGCCGCUGGGGGAUCGUGACUGAGGAUAUAUUUAGAUAG